AUGGCUUUUGAGCGGAUUCAUUUGGUCUUCCUUGGUCUGGCGAUUUGUUUUCUUUCAGGCUCUGUUUCUGGCCAUGAAAAGAAACUCAAGAAAAUAACCUCUUGUCGCUGCUCAAUGGAUGAGGGAGAAAUUGAUCUUAGAGAACUAGCAGGAAAAGAAGGCAAACCAAGGUAUAGACAUAUUAUACUACAGUAUGUAGGAGCGUAUUGACACGAGUAUGCUCGCGUACAAAGGCCGCUCGAUAAAUCGUUGACAUGCACCUACUAAAAACAAGGAUUUUUUGAACCGAAAAAGAAAAUUUGGAAAUUAUUGGCUAAAAGUUAGGCGGUGUCCACCGAUCUCUUCUAUUUCCAGAUUUAAAAGUACUUCUUGCCAUGGACCUCGUGAGGAUGAAUCGCUCGAGAGUAUUCUUAGCCCUUUUGGGCUUUUUUUAGACUUAGAUAAAGAGAAAAAAGUAACAAGGACCACCCAAUUGUUUGACUAGGUCGAAAGGCUUAUUAAUUCAAUAGAAUAAUACAAGGUGAUGAACGGAGGUUUGCAUGUGUGAUCUAUGUCAAAAUAUGACGGUUUGCGAGAAGAGACAAACACUAGCAGGUAGGUAUUGCAGUAUUGCCCCUGCAGGGUUCUGGUUGAGUGGCCCCAAUUCCCAUUAUGCUAGAAAAAGUUUUGGCAUUAUAUGGAAAAACGAGUGCAAUUUCUGCAAAUUUGUUUUUUGAACGUCGCACUGCUCGCCUAAUCAGCAUAUUUUCAGUUUUUUCAGAGUCAUGACUUGUUUGUUCUCGUAGAUUCAUCAUUUUUAAGUUCCGUCCAUGAUUCAGUCUAUUUUCAAUUUUGCAAUGUCUUGGAAAAGAGAGGGUUACCGUACUACCGCGUCGUUCGUCAUCCAGAGAACUGGGCACGCCGAAAGUAAAAUAUUGCGUCGGCCCCAGUUCCCGCUUUGAUAAGCAACAAAAUAUCAAGAUCAAUAGCAGAAAAAGAGUGUAUAAUCUCUUGGUCAGAGCAUAUUUAAAUUUGUGGUCGUGUUUCAUCACGCAUCAGAGCAAGUGCGUAACUCAAAAUAAAAUCGAAGUCAUGCGUGAUUAACAGUAUACAUGUAAUUAUGGCUUGUUUUAAGUUUCUUAUUGAGAAGGAUACCCUCCAAAAAAAGAAGCAUAAUUUUCAGAAACGAGCAUAAUUUGGAAACAAAUUGGGAAAUGCUAGUGUUAUACUUUUUUUUACUAGAACAAUCUAUAAGGGCCUAACUACUUAUCUUCUUUUAGAUCUUAAUGUCAUUUUUUUCCCAGAUUUUUCCAUAUUCCUUCAAAUUACGCAAACUUAAGCUUCAGUUGGAACCCAUGCAACUCAUAUUCACUGAAUGGAUCUGCUUGUAAAGAUAUUGCUGUGAGUAUAAUGUUCAGUAUUAAUCCCGUACCCAGAUCCUACCGUUUAACCGUAACCGCUUGACCAUGGAAAGUAUGGGUACGAGACUAGGUUAAGUCUGGCUCAGCUGUUUUGCCAAAUUACCGUCACUGAACACUUCGCCCAGCUACGGCUUAAGGCGACAUGUCACGCAUAUAGUAAUCAUUGAUCAUACCUGAACUGAUGUUAGUACCGAAAAAUGAAGGAAAAAAACAUCUCAUGUCGUAAUUACAGUCGAUAGCACUGAAACUGAAACGCAAACUCCCCUAAGAUCCUGUUAAUUUAGGUUCAAAUCCGUUGCGAGGUGAAAAACUUUCAUAUCAUUUUGUUCUUCCAUUCACUUUAAGUAAGACGAGAGAAUUCAAACACCAAGCACAAACUAGCAACAGAGAAAUGACGUGACCUUAAUUGUCUUGAAAUGACCCAAAACAAUCCCAGGACCUCUUUGGAGCCUAGAAAUUUGUUUCUGACCAAGUGUAACUGUGUAAUACAAUGUAAACAAGUUGAUCUCUUGUAACUGUUUCAGCCCUACACUCUUAAAGUAAUUCUUUUAGAUGCGUUGCGCACACCAGAGUAACUGUUGCCUUCAUUUUUACCUUCCAAUAGGCUUGUAUGGAACAAAAAGGAGUAAAUACUUCAGAGUUUUACAGCGUUGCAAAACAAGACACAGCUGAAUUUUUCCACAGAGAAGACGGGGAAAAUUUUUUGACAUACAAAGGGACAGCUUUCAAUAAGUAUGUAUAAGAUUUCCUACGACGGAUCUAUGGUAAAUGAAGCAACCUUGAAUGAAAGUAUCUCGUCAAUGCAUGUGACUACAGUCAAUCUGCGGCUCUCGUAGUCAAAAAGAUCUUCAUAUAUAUAUAUAUAUAGAUAGGGGAAAUCAAAAAACAGAGAGUCGGAAAAGACGGUGAAAACCAAAACUGUGACCUUUGACCUCAAUAAAUUGGUUGGAAAGCCCACAUUUUUUUAACUUCAUGAGAGAAUUAAGUAUUUUAUCAUAUCCAUGAGUAGUCAGGGGUAACGAAUGAGUUUUCUAUUUCCCGAGGGCGCCCCGAACGCGCUCCGAGGGUGUCCCGAAGGUGUCCGCAUGUUGACAGGGCAGCUUCAACUGAACUAUCAAGACAUUUUAUCAGUGUGGGUGUGUAGGGGAAUUCUGCUUUAUGGCAACCUAUUUGCUGGAAAACCCUUGUCUACCAGGAUAUCCCCCAAACAACUAAAAAACCCUGACGCAGUCUCUCUCCCCUCACUCUUUCGUUCGAAAAGGUCAAAGUUAUUGCUCCAAAAAAAAUUCUUGGAAAUUUCAUUUGCAUGUGUGGGCCUAAGCACCAACUCGGAAUUAAUGAAUGAAAAUAUUUUCAGCCAUUUUCGGUGGUCGUCGAAACUUUUAAAAAUCCUUAAUAAAAUAGCGAUGUUAAUUUACACUUGAGGUAAAACUGGCUUUUAAGUGAUUACAUCAUUGAUGAGAGCAAAUUUAUCGUAAUUAGAAUUCAGGAACAAGCAGUAAAUAACAACUAAUUGAUAAAGUAUUGUCUAAUCGUCGACCAGAACUUUUUUUGUUUUGUUUUGUUUUGUUUUUCAGGACCUCAGUGUUUUCUGUGGUUCUUAAAUGCGAUCCAAAAGAGGAAGGCAAAGUCGACCCAGUGAUUGCUGAUACCAUAAAAAAUACUUACGUAAGCUCCUAGAACUCAGUGAUUUUAAGCAACUAAUUGCAUUUACAUUAAGUGUCAUAACACUAAAGCCAAAGUAAUAUAGGAGCCAAUCAGAAAAAAGGGAAAUAACACCAGGAGCCAGUGAGAGCUCAUAGAAAACAGAAAAAUCACGCGUGACCAAGUCGUGACUGGUGUUAGUUUUGAAUCUGAUUGGUCGAGAAAGUGGUGCUCGAUUUUUGGAAAAUCACAGCGAAGAAAAGCAAAACCAAAGGAAUUACGGAUUACUUUCGACACUCAAUUGAAGAUUGCACUGACUAUUACAGUUUGUUUGUUUGUUUUAUGUGAUUUAAAUUAUACUACCUUAUGCUCGUUCCUCUCCUCUUAUCGUUCCAGGCUCCACUCUUUCAUUCUUUGCCUUGCUCUACUUAGUGUUCGACUGAUAAAUUGUCUUUUUCAGGAGACUGUUUUGUAUUCAAAAUACGCCUGCCCUUCUAGCUCAAGCUCUACUGGCUUGGGCUUGGGUGCAAUCGCCAUGAGGUAAAUAAAAUUGAGGACAUAGUUUUAAUUACUCGAAAAAGGAUUUUGAACUGGCAAGCGAGGAAUCGUUGGAGUCAAACUUGAUUGUCUUUCAAUCGAAUAGCCGCGCAAAUGUAGCGUGACUCGAUCUUGUUGAUUGACUAUUGAUGCAUACGAUCGCAUGUGUCAUCCUAUCCGGGACAUUAAUCUACAAACGAUCUUUUCCGAAGAGAGCACGAUGGGAUAGCGAAGCUUUUCGUGCGAGGCUGGAAUUGUUGAGUAAACAAAGGAAAUAACUGCGCUGAAGGUCCUCUCAUGGUACGCUAAGAAGUUUUUAUUUUGCGGCAUGAUCGCGAUCGCAAACAUCAACGGUUUCAACGGUUAAUUAUAUUAGAAAUAUAGAGUAGAGCUACAAUUGUAUGGUUUACCCAGCGGAAAAUGGAGUUUUUUGCUCCCUGCGGAGUGUAUGUAUGUGUGUGUAUGGGGGGGCUGCUUUUGGAAGCUUCGAGUAGGGGUGUAUAAGAAGUGUGUUGAAUAACGUUUACCAAUAUCUGAAGUUUUCUCGAACGUAAAGGCUGCUAUUCUAGUUGCCUCAAAUCUGUAGACCAAAUUAUUCAGUUUAACGUAUCAAACUUCACUGCCCCAAAAGAGAAGUUGAAGAGAGAUUGAUCAUCAGUAUGGUAAUUUUUGAGUGCUCUAUCUCUUUGUUAAUCUGAGUUUUUUUUCUUUUUUUUUUAGUGUCAUUACUAUUCUGGGUGUUGUGAUCAUCGCCUUCCUUAUUUUUGUUGUCCAUUUACGUAACAAACUUCCCGAUGGAGUCCCAAAGCCGUCUAUGUGUACCUCGAUGAAGGUGAGGCGGAUAGCAGCUUUACCCUGAGUGACUGGCUCUUUCUUUCGUGAGGGUUUUGAGAGAGAACUAGAUUUCUAGUAUUCGCGUCACCACCACACUCAUCAAGGAAAUUUAUGCGCGAAGUGACGGCAAUGAAGGAGGGGUGAAACAUGGGAUUUAUUGCGUAGAACGUUAUUAGCCCUGCAUGUGCAUUUUGAAACUUUGCGCAUUUUCUAGCCUUCCUUUACAAAACAACAGCAAAAUUUUUGGUUCUCUGAAGACAGUAAUACCGAAAGCAAAUUACCCACGCUAUUUACGUGUUAAGCUGAAGAGAGCUCUCGCGACGUUAAAGACGUUACACAUAUCGAGCCUUCAGCAAAAUUCCUGAAAAAAUGUUUUCAUUUCAACUCGUGGAUUUGCGAAGCGUGAAAACGAGUAAUGAGGGGGUUCGAAAUAUCGAGGCGUUACCGCGGCCCUAGGAGUCUAGAGAGAGCAUGCAUCCUGUGAGGGUGGCUCCGUAAAACAGAAUCUGUUUACUGCUAUCCUCUCGUAGUUUAGUUUGAAGAGCGCUUUUCUUAUUUUUCUCUUACAGGUUGCACUGGGGAUGAUAUUCGCAAAGUUCUGUCCUUGUUGUAAUGGAUCAGGCUAUGCCAAAGUUCCCUAGUCACAA